CGUCAAAAGGAAAUGAGUCAGUUCAUCAACGAACACCAUGGACACCAGUUCGUACACGGAUUUUUCCAUUGUUUCAGCGAUAUAUAUAACAAAGUACACAGGAAUAUGGCUACCACGAAAUGUGAGUGAAGAACGGCAAAGGAAGAUAUCCAUGUCGUACAUGGCAGUCGGACUUGUGUAUGGGAUAUACGUGAAUGUGGUAGAUAUUUACCACACAUGGGGCGAUGCAACUCACUGUAUGUUCCUGAUACUGAACACGACGUGUAUCUGUAUGUCAACAAUUAAGAUACUGAUCCUAAAUUUUAAUAGAGUUAAAUUAGCAGACGCUUUUUCCUAUGCGCAACGGCACUUCUGGCAUGAUAAUUACAAUUUCGAGGAACGACAGAUCUUUUCCAUAUCUGUAAAAUAUUGCACACGGUUUGUGUUGUUCGCAUUCGCUGUUCAGCCAGUUACUUUGACCGGAUAUGUGAUCACGCCUCUUAUUGAAAACCUUGGACGAAAUAAAUCAGACAGGGUACUUCCAUUCAAGAUGUGGGUCGACUGGCCCAUAUCCGAGACACCGUACUAUGAAUUAAUGUUUACUUUUGAGGUGAUAUGCAUAUUCUUAAUUGGCGUCGCGUACGUGUGCCCCGAAAUGUUUUUAUGCGUCUUUAAUCUGCACGUGAUUGGUCAAUUUCGUAUACUACAAUACAGAAUGUUGAAUUUCUGGAACGUUGAAGGCAAAGAGAUGAACGCAGACACGUACACCGAUCAUUGUUAUGCUGCUCUGAAGAAGUGUAUACAACAUCAUCAGUUACUUAUUGACUUCUGCGUGAGGCUGGAACAAGUGUAUACCAUGACGAUUUUUACGCACAUAGUAGUUUUAAGCCUGUUAAUGAGUUUGGAUUGUUACGAAAUACUUGUGGCAGACACAAAUCCUUCGAUGCGUCUGAUUUUCAUAUUCCACAUAACUGGCAGCGUAAUUCACCUUUGUAUCCUUACGUACACUUGCCACUUUAUGAUGGAAGAAAGCACCAACAUUUCUAGAACGAUAUAUACAGGUUCGUGGAGCACUUUGCUAAUGAACAAAUGUGGCAGAUCGUUACGAUCGGAUAUAAGAUUCAUUAUGAUAAGAUCGUUGAAACCGUGCUGUCUGACUGCUGGUGGAUUUUUUCCCGUGUCUUUGGAGACUUUUACCGCGAUUUUAAGUUCUACAUUUUCCUAUUUUACCCUGAUGAGGGAGUCUCUCACAAGAACCGAGGGCGAAUAUACAUUCAAAAAAAGUAGGAUGCGAAGGAAAUGCGAAGGCGAGGUGAGUUCUUUGAAAGAGACCAUGGAGGAGGAAACAACGAUCAAAGAUCUUUCUAUCCACGCAGUUAGGAUUUUAUUGAAAUUUGCAGCGUCUUGGCUUACGAAUAAUAAUGUCGAAGAACGUAGUAGAAGACUCUGGUUGCUCUUUAUUGUUAUUUCGUAUAUUUUUAGCACAUACGUAAACGUGUCUGAUAUGUAUCACUCCUGGGGUGAUAUAAACCAAUGCGUGUCUGUAAGCAUUAACGCGGGUUGUAUUUUGUUGGCGGUAUGCAAGCUGACGAUGAUAAACUAUCAUAGAAAGGAUUUCGUAGAAAUUAUUUUGUACGCAAAACGAAAUUUCUGGCAUUGCAAUUAUGAUUCGCAGGAACUGGUCUACGUUACUGAGUGUCGUUUUAAGUGUACAUUAUGGAUGAUCUUCGUAUACGUUUUAGUUUUAGGUUGCAUAGUCACCUAUGGAGUAAAGCCGAUUACUCAGUCUAUUGGAACGAAUGAAUCGGAAAGAUUACUUCCGUUCAAUAUGUGGGUCGAUUUGCCUUUCACUGAAACACCUUACUACGAACUAAUGUUUGCUUAUCAGUUGAUGUGUGCGAAUUUAAUUGCCAUUGGAUACAUUUCUACGGACGCUUGCUUGUGCAUGCUGAAUAUGCACACGGUCUGCCAAUUUCGCAUAUUGCAAUACAGAUUGAUAUCACUUUGGGAUUUUGAUAACGAAAAGAUGGAUAUCAUCGAAUACACCCACCAUUGUUACGACGAGCUGAGAAGCUGCGUUCAUCAGCAUCAGUUACUUAUCGAUUACUGUGCUAAGCUUGAAAAUAUAUAUACUAUAAUGAAUGCCGCGCAUCUGUUGGUUUGUAGUAUAUUAUUUAGCUUCGACUGUUACGAGAUACUUUUGGCAGACAUAUCCGUUGUGCAAAUAGUCAGCUCCAUUCUUCAUUUGAUCGGAACGUUCAUACAUGUCGUUAUCUUUACGUACACUUGCGACGGCUUGAUAGAGGAAAGCGAGAAAAUCGUUACGGCUACUUACUAUGGAUUAUGGGCCACUUUGCCAAUGAACAAAGUUGGAAAAUCUUUGCGGAAAAACAUGCAAAUAAUUAUGUUGAGAUCAUUACGACCAUGUUGCCUAACUGCUGCUGGAUUCUUCCCUGUGUCAUUGCAAACUGCUACCACGGUAAGUAGUAUAUUUCAUUUAAUUUUGUCUUACCUAUAUUUCUAUAAAGAAAUUUGACACUUUGAAUAUAAUGUUCGGUACAACAAAUGCAAGAAAAUUGUUCAAGGUCUCAAGUAGAGAAUUUAAAUUCAAUAAUGGAACGAUGGUAUUUUGAAUAAUUGCAAUUAUUGUGUGUCAUCCUAUAUACAACGAUUUUAAAUAUCCUUUCCUUCUGUAUUUUGAAGAAUACCAUUUAAGUUCACGAACGAUAUAAUUAACGAUUGCCAAAGCAGUUUUCUAAAUUACAAGAUUAACAUUUUUUCUUACAGAUAACAAGUACCACACUUUCUUACUUUACUAUGAUAAAGGAAACUACCACAUGAACAAAUAACU